AUGUCCAUCUCUGAUCGGGAGGGUUCCGGCCCCGACGAGCUGGAGCCGCCCGGGGAGGACGCCGCCCCCGGGGAGCCCGCGCCCCCUGUGGCCGCCACACACGGUAGUGGUUAUCAGUGUACCGCUCACACAAUACGGGUGUACACUACUUUUAUUCAUUUUUAUUUAAAUAAAAGUGUCAUUCAUAUAAAAAUAAAUUUAAUUUUCGAAAUACCGAAAGCGCCACUUCUGUCAUGGCGUCACUAUGACGUCCGGGCCCUCUGGAACUAAUAUCGUUCUAUAAAUGUGUACGGUUGAAUUCUCUGAAUUCUGAUAUAAGUAAAAGGGGCGUGACGUCACGCGCUGUAUGCGGUCACGUGACAACGAGUAUAAUUUUUUUUUCAAAAUAAUGUAAGAUUAUAAAUACAAUAAGCAUAAAAAUGUGAAAAUCGGUAAUAGCAGAAUUAAGCACUACCAGAGAAAAAUAAUAUGUAUUUAUUUUCGUUUACUGUCUACACCCUUAUUCGCUAUUAUAGUAUAAGUAUUUUAAAUUGAUUAUAUGAUGAUAUCAGACCACUAUCUGAUUUCUUUUUGUUAAAGUGUUCUUAAUUAAAGAAAAAACAAUCAUUUAGAAAUGCUCGCGAAAAAAAUCUGUCACGUGACAUUUUAUAUAAGCCGUGAUGUCGCAUUACGAUUUUAUACUCUUAAACGAAGACGCUGACGUUAAGUUUGUCGUUAUUGCGUCCUCUGUCUACGUCGGUAUGUAACGUGACGUCACACGACGCCCCCUCAUGGCGACGCGCGUUACAGUCCAGAUUUUGUAAAAAUAAAAUGUACUUUAAUUUUUAAAUCAUUUACUGCUUACUUUUAUUUAUGGUUUAAAUAUAAGUUACCAUUUCUAACAUAUGCCGUACUUUAUUGUUAUAUCUUUCAAGUAGUCGAUACCCGCUUUUUCUCUUUUUGACUAUCCAGAAUGCGGUCAUAGCACUGGAGGAACAGUUCAGUGUAAACAAACAUGUGUCAAGCGUGCGAAGCGGGGCCGCGGCGGAGGGACCGGGGGUCGCACCGGACGGGCCGGGGAUAGCUGUGGAAGCACCGGGGACGGCGGUGGAUGAGCUCGAGAUAGACGCGGAAGAGCCCGGUAUGGCCGUGGAGAGUCCAGCGAAGGCAGACGAGAGGCUGGUGACAGAGGUGGACGAGCAGGGGUUAGCCGUGGAAGAGCCGGGGAUAGAGGUAGACGGGCCAGGGAUAGCAGUGGACGGGCCGGGGAUAGCCGUCGAAGGGCCAGGGAUAGCCGUGGAGGGACCUGGGAUAGCCGUGGAGGGACCUGGCAUCGCUGUGGAGGGACCGGGCACAGCUGGAGCGUUAGUGGGGAAAGCCGUAGAGGGCCCGGGCGCGGGGGCGGCGGAGGGGUCGGGCCCGGGGGGAGGGGGGGCACUGCGCAGCGGGAAGGCUUCCUCGGGCAGCGUCCAGUCCAUCGCAUCCUCAUCGACGUAA